CGUUUGAUGCCGCUGGCUCGACCCGUUUCUGCAGUAAGAAGCCGCAGAGGGAUAUCUCAUCGAGGUACCAUUCAGGUGCAAAAGCAGCCGUCGAGCCGUACAUCUAUCUGCAUCGCACUUCACCGCCUCACAGAUAUGACCCCAAUACGAGUAGGAAUUGUUGGGCUGUCCAGCAAGCCAGGUGCCUGGGCAACACUUGCUCAUCUGCCUCGACUCGCCUCAUCGCCAAAUUAUGAGAUUGUAGCAUUAUGCAACUCAUCCUUGGAAUCAACAAAAGCCGCCAUCAAAGCACAUAAUCUGCCUGCGACGACCAAGGCUUAUGACAGCUAUGAAGCGCUGGCCGGUGAUCCUGAUGUUGACCUGUAUGUCGUCUCCACUCGAGCCGACACUCACUAUGCUGUCGCAAUGCCAGCCCUGAAAGCAGGACGCAACGUCUUUGUGGAAUGGCCACUGGCUGCAACCACCGAGCAGGCAAAGGAGAUGGCCGCUUUGGCAAAACAAAAGAACCUCAAAACGAUCAUUGGCCUCCAAGGUCGAAUGUCACCAAGCGUAAGGAAAGUCAAGGAAUUGAUCGACUCGGGAGCCUUGGGCGAAAUCCACAGCGUCAACUAUCACGGAGCCAUCCACGUCUGGCAGAAUAAUGCAGCAAGUGACCGAUACUACUACUUCAUGAACCGGAAAAUCGGUGGCAACCUGCUGACAAUAUAUGGAGGUCAUGUCCUCGACUCCAUCUUUUAUGCUGUAGGGGAACUGAAGCCGGGCAGCUACACGCCGAUGGCAGUGAACUUGAGGCCAAGAAUGCAUGUAAUGGAAUCCGAUGGGUCGCUGUCGGAGGAACUCUACGAGAAGAACACACCGGAUCAGAUCCUUCUGCAAGGGCGGUUUGACAGAAACCCUCCGGCAGUGUUCAGCUUUCAUCUCAGAGCUGGAGACAGGUUCAUCGGGUGUCCAGGGUCGACAUGGAAAAUAUAUGGAACGAAGGGAGAAUUGGCGGUCGAAUUUGCCAGCGCCGGACCACAAAUGGCCAAGGCUGUCAGUAUCCGGUUUUCCAACUCCGAGAAAGGGGAAAUCGAGGAUAUCGAGGUCGACGAGGGUGGUGAAGAAUGGACAAAGAUGCCGACACAAGGCCAGAAUAUCGGUCGAUUAUAUGAAGCAUAUGCCGAGGGCCAGCCUUACGGAGAUUUUGAUCUUGCUGUGGAAAGGCACGAGUUGAUCGACGAGUUCUGGGCGAGCUUCACACAGUAACUAGCGAGUGUACUCGUACUCGCGUGAAUGUGAAAGGAAAAGGUUCGGCCAAACAGGGCUAGACGACAAGCAAGAACCUUUGGAAAGAUCCGGUGGUCUGAGGCACCAGGCGAGCCGGCUUCUCCGCCUGGGAAAGGCAUGCAUGAUGUUACAUGAUGUUGACAUGAGCCUGAGCUUCUGCUAGCUGAGUGACGAUAGAUACUGCAAGUUGGUGCGUGUGCGUGGUCAUCAUACCCGACUAUCUGCGUCGCUCCCGUUCUUCCGGAGAGUCCAGCCAACGUCAUAGUGAUCCGGGGAUUGCUUGAUUGCUGAGGAGAAGCCCGAGCUAAGCAUCUCUUGGUAGAUAGCAUCAGUGGCUGACCGAAGAACAGUGAACACUUAUACAGUAGGCACAGAAGACAAAAGACCAUAACAAAACCAUCUCGGUAAAGCGGAUAUUGAA